AAUAGCUGAUAAUAUUUGCAACAUGCGGAUGUGUUCAGUCACCAGUGUAAUAUUGUUGUGAUUUGUGUUUAACCUUUUAAAACGCUGAGAAAUUUCUGUACUCCGUAAUUUGUCAUCAAGAACAAUAACUUCUUCUAAAAUGGUAGAAGCUGCUACUGAAACGUUGAAUUUUCCUAAGGAAGAAGAGAAAAUUUUAGAGUUUUGGAAGGAAAUAGACGUUUUUCAAGAAUGUUUAAAACAAUCCAAAGGAAAACCUAGAUAUUCUUUUUAUGAUGGACCACCGUUUGCUACUGGACUUCCUCAUUAUGGUCACAUAUUAGCUGGUGCUAUCAAAGAUGUAGUAACAAGGUAUGCCCAUCAAACUGGGCAUCAUGUCGAACGUAGAUUUGGAUGGGAUACACACGGUUUACCUGUAGAAUUUGAAAUCGAUAAAUUAUUAGGAAUAAAAGGACCACAAGAUGUAGCAAAAAUGGGUAUUGAUAAAUAUAAUGCAGAAUGUAGAAAAAUUGUGAUGCGUUAUGCGAGCGAUUGGGAAAAAAUUGUUACCAGAUUAGGACGUUGGAUCGAUUUUAAAAAUGAUUACAAAACAUUAUAUCCAUGGUUUAUGGAAAGUGUUUGGUGGGUCUUUAGUGAACUUUGGAAUAAAGGAAUGGUGUAUCGUGGUGUAAAAGUCAUGCCAUAUUCGACUGCUUGUAGUACACCAUUAUCAAAUUUUGAAUCUGGUCAAAAUUAUAAAGAAGUUGUUGAUCCUGCAGUUAUGGUCAGUUUCCCAUUAGAAUCUGACCCGUCCGCUUCUCUAGUUGCUUGGACUACAACUCCUUGGACUUUGCCUAGUAAUUUAGCAUUAUGUGUGAAUCCUAAUUUGAUAUAUGCUAAAGUAAAAGAUUUGAAUAACAAAAUCUAUAUUCUAAUGGAAGCUCGACUGGAAGUCUUGUUUAAAAAGAAAGAAGAUUAUACAGUAUUAGAUACUUUCCCUGGACAAAAAUUAAAAGGGCAAAGAUACAAGCCACUAUUUCCAUAUUUUGCACAAACUCAAAAAACAGCUUUUGUCAUAUUGACAGACGAUUAUGUCUCUGCUGAAUCUGGUACUGGUAUUGUUCACCAAGCACCAUAUUUUGGAGAAGACGAUUAUCGUGUGUGCUUAACCGCUGGAGUGAUUACUAGAGAUCAAGAUAUUGUGUGUCCGGUCGAUGAAAGUGGUCGGUUUGUUUCUCCUGUCAAAGAUUUUGAAGGCCAAUAUGUUAAGGAUGCUGACAAAAAUAUAAUUAAAUUUUUAAAAGAAGCAGGAAAACUUGUGAAUGCAUCUUCAGUAAAACACAGUUAUCCUUUCUGUUGGCGUUCUGAAACGCCAUUAAUUUAUAAAGCUGUACCGUCUUGGUUUGUGCGAGUACAGCAAAUGAGCCAAGAUCUCUUAGCAUGCAAUAAAGCUACAUACUGGGUACCAAAUUUCGUUAAGGAAAAACGUUUUGGAAAUUGGUUAAAAGAUGCUCGUGAUUGGGCAAUCAGUAGAAAUCGUUACUGGGGUACUCCUAUACCUCUUUGGGUAUCAGAAGAUGGAAAAGAAAUUGUAUGCAUUAGUAGUAUUGAACAAUUACAUAAAUUGACUGGUGUUCUUGUAACAGAUUUACAUCGAGAAGUGGUGGAUAAACUAACAAUCCCUUCAGCCAGGCCGGGUCAUCCACCCUUACGUCGAAUCAACGAAGUAUUUGAUUGUUGGUUUGAGUCUGGUUCCAUGCCUUAUGCUCAACAACAUUAUCCAUUUGAAAAUAGAAAAGAAUUUCACGAUAGGUUCCCAGCAGAUUUCAUUGCUGAAGGAAUAGAUCAAACUAGAGGAUGGUUUUAUACACUGUUAGUUAUAUCAACAGCAUUGUUUAACAAACCACCUUUCAAGAACUUAAUUGCCAACGGUUUAGUGUUGGCAUCUGAUGGUCAAAAAAUGUCAAAACGUAAAAAGAAUUAUCCAGAUCCAUUAGAGGUUGUAAACAAAUUUGGAGCUGAUGCAUUACGAUUGUACUUAAUUAAUUCUCCAGUAGUGAGAGCAGAAAACUUAAGAUUUAAAGAAGAAGGAGUUAAAGAAAUUUUAAAGGAUCUGUUUUUACCAUGGUACAAUGCAUAUAGAUUUUUCAUUCAAAAUAUUCAAGAUGCUUCAGGUACUAUGUAUAAACCAAAUAAAGACUUCUACAAUGCAUGUAGUGAAAAUAAAAUGGACCGAUGGAUAACGUCUUGGACACAAUCAUUGAUUGCAUUUGUCAGACAAGAAAUGGCAGCUUAUCGCUUAUAUACUGUAGUUCCUAGACUAGUUAAGUUCAUUGAUGUACUAACCAAUUGGUAUGUUCGUUUAAAUCGUCAACGAUUUAAAGGUGAAUGUGGAUCAACUGAUAAACAAGAGUCGUUAGAUACACUGUAUCAUGUACUUAUGACCAUGGUUUGCUUGAUGGCACCUUAUACACCAUUCAUAUGUGAGUUGAUGUAUCAAAAUUUGAAAAAAAUUGAAAACCUCAAAGAACGUAGUGUACAUUUCCACAUGGUUCCUAACGUAAAGGAGCACUUAAUUGAUAAAAAUAUAGAACAAAGUGUUUCAAUUAUGCAAAAUAUAAUUGAAAUGGGCAGAGUAAUGAGAGAUCGUCGAACUAUUCCAAUCAAAUACCCUUUACCUGAGCUUAUGAUUGUUGCUGAUGAUCCGAAAAUCAUUGACAACAUAAAUGAGUUCCGAAGUUAUAUUGAAAAAGAAUUAAAUGUCAGAGCUAUAAAUUUGACAAAAAAUAAAAGCAGAUAUGUAAAGCUUAGAGCUGAGCCAGAUCACAAAACUUUAGGUUCUAGAUUAAAAUCAGAUUUCAAAAGAGUCACUGCAGCUAUCAGAGAACUGACAGACGAACAACUUCAGUCUUGGCAAAAUGAAGUAUCUAAUAUGAGCACUGAUAAUAACGAUGACCAACAAAAACCUCCUCUCAAAGUUUUGGAGUACGAGUUAGAAGCUUCUGAAUUUCGAAUAUUGUAUAACUUCACUGGACCAGAAGCUGAAAUUAUGGCUAAAACAUAUGAAGCCCAGAUAGACAAUGAUAUUUUGGUAUUACUAAAUGUUACGCCAGACCAGAGUAUGUUGGAUGAAGGUACUGCUCGUGAAAUAAUUAACAGAGUUCAAAAAUUACGUAAAAAAGCACAUUUGGUUCCCACUGAUCGAAUUAAUGUUUAUUAUAAUAUAAGUCCUGAGGGAGAACUAGCUAGAGUCGCUAAAGAAUUCAAUGAGUUUAUAACUACAGCUUUAAAAGUACCAUUCAUUGAUGGAGUCGCCGUUGGAAAUAACAUUAUAGAAGAAACUCAAACACUCAAAGGAUCCAACUUAAAGAUCAUUUUAACUAAAGAAAACAGUACUGAAGAAGUGCCAGCAUGCAAAUUUAUCAAUGUGCAACUUCAUGGCAUAAAUGCUAGAUACGGUGCAUCAAAUUCAACUACAGUUAUGAUUGAAAACCCUGUUGGUAAAAAUGUUCUAAAUGUUGAUAGCUUAACUUAUGAAGUACAGAAAGUGUUUGGCUUAUUUGGUAUAGAAAUUGUAUUAAAGUUGUCUGAUGGAAAAAUAUUAAAUAAUGAUUUGUUAAACAAUUUACCUAAUGUUUCAAUCAUUGCUCAGAAAAAGUCAUCCUCGCAAAACGUAGAAGUUCAAAACAUAAGUACAUUACCAAUUAUCAAGACAGUUAAUGUUAAAUAUGGAUCUGAAACUGGAACAAUAUUAAUGUUUGGUCCUGACGAAGAAGCAGAUUUACAGCUGUCGAAAUCUAAAGUAUCUUCCAUUUUUAAUUUGAAUACAGGAAAUAUGAAACUAGUCAAAGAAAAUGGAUUCAUUAUUGUAACAUUAAAUUAAUUUGCGUUCAAUAAAAUUUAUCAGGCA